AUGAAGGCCUCUCUGUUUGUCAGCUCCAUUAUCGCGAGCUCUGCCACCGCAUAUAAAGCUACCACCACCGCAAGUACACUUUUAUAUCGCUAUUUUGACGGGCAGGAGGGUGCAUGCGGCUGCGGCGCUGCUAAUGGCGCCAAUUUUCCCUGGCAGCUUGGCAUUAGCAGCGGAGUCUACACAGCUGCCGGCUCCCAGGCUCUCUACGACACGGCUGGUGCUUCGUGGUGUGGCGCGGGCUGCGGUAAAUGCUAUAACUUGACCUCAACAGGAGAGGCGCCUUGCUCCUCCUGCGGUACGGGUGGCGUUGCGGGCCAGAGCAUCAUUGUAAUGGUUACAAACCUGUGUCCCAACAAUGGAAACGCGCAAUGGUGCCCAACAGUCGGAGGCACCAACCAAUACGGCUAUAGCUACCAUUUCGACAUUAUGGCACAGAAUGAAAUUUUUGGCGAUAAUGUGGUUGUUGACUUCGAGCCAGUCGCUUGCCCAGGCCAGGCCACCUCUGACUGGGAAACUUGCCUCUGCGUCGGGAUGCAAGAGACGGAUCCCACACCUGUCGGCCUAGGCGACUCUGGCUCGGCUCCGCCGCCUGGCAGCAGCUCAACUCGGCCAUCAUCAACAACAACAUCGACAGCGCCAUCCGGGAGUGGGACACAAUCGCUCUAUGGCCAGUGUGGAGGCAUUGGAUGGACAGGCCCUACAGCUUGUCAACCCCCGGCCACCUGCAAAAAGCAAAAUGACUAUUACUCCCAGUGCCUUAGUUGAGUAAACACGGGGACGAACUGUUAGCAUUCUAAUAGCUAUGUGCAUAUAUAUCAAUCUGAGUAUAUACCUACUGGAUAAUGUAAAUGAUAAAUAUAAAUAAUAUAUUUGUAUUCCGC